GAACGCCCAGGGACGGAGACCUGCGCUUCAGCCUCCAGGGCGUCGACGGACGGACGUUUAAUUCGUAUCGCGUUUUCAAAAAGCAUAUUUUACACCCUGUGAUGAUUUAUCUCGUGAGAGUUACGAGGAAAAGCGCAGAAUGUGAAUACGACGCCGUGAGGAGCGUCACGAAUGUUUCGCGCGCUUGGUUUUAAACGUUGAAUCUUGUCUAAAACAAUGGGCAAAAGAAAAUCAACAGAGUUCAAAGCCCCUAAAAGGACACAGCCCAGAGGAAAACGACAGAAAAGCACAAACCAGUCUGAAGAUGACAAUCAGACUCUGACACCAGAAUCGGAAAAUUCCCACAAUGCACUGUGUUCAGGCAAGCUGGAUGAGCAUGAGCCUGGGCAGAGCACAUCACAAGUCACUCAGACGACUGAAUUCCCUGUAGAUCCUUGUUCCUUGGAAGAGAAAACAAGCCUUGGUGAUAACGAUGAGCUUGGAAAUCCACCUGAGGCCUCUCGAGGCGUUGAGCAAACUUCAGCAAUCACACUACAAACCCCAGAACUGGAGAACACUCCCUCUACACCUUUGAAUACAAACGCUAUUAAUGUAGAUCAGCUCGGGCUAGAUGCUGAAGAAAGCGAAAUCCCAGGAGACGGCGGCUCCGAGUUACCAUCGGAUGAGCAUCGGACCGAGAGAGCGUCGUCACGCGAGGAGAAUACAGCCACCGAAGCCCAGGUGGAGGAACAGUUAGGGCCUUCAGACAUGGUGGAGGAGAUAGGUGCAGAAGAUACAGAUCCUCUAGUAAAGAGGAAAAUAAGAAAGAGGAUGGGAAUGUGUAGGUUUGGAGAAAGGAAGAAGAUGCUCGUGGAACAGGCGACUACAGGGAAGGUGUUUGAAGGAUGGAGGGAGAAUGAGACGGGGCAAGUUACUAAUGAAGAUCAGGACGAAAAUGGAGUUGUUGAUUCAGAAGUUCCAGUGCCCUCCAUCUCAACCUCUUGCACAAUGCAGGGUGCACCUUUACAAGAGGAGCAGGAGCAGUCUGAUGUGCAAUGCGGGAAUGAACUUCGGAUACCAGACAAGUGCAUGGUAAAGGAGCCUGUUACUCAUAAAACUGAUCAUACAGCGUCGUACCGUCCUGAUGCCGAUGAUCUAAACCCUCCCGAGCAAUAUGACACUGCAUGCAUGGAGCACAAUGCUGCUGAAAGCAACAUCAGAGAAGAUAGCCAUGAGGUCACCACCGAGAUUGGCGCUGUAGAUUUUGCAGAGGUUUGCAAGGAGUUGCUUGCAGCUCAAGCAGAGGUUGUUGUAGCCUCAGCGUCCGCUUUGGAGCUCGCUAAACCAUGUGGAGGAGACCUUGUAGCAGGAGGCGAUGAGGCUGACGUCUCUGCCAGUGAACGGUGUUUGGAGCUCACUGAUAUCACAGAGACCAUCGCAACGGAAAAUAAGUGUGAGGCCUCCCACUUUACUCAGGGUGCCGAGAAGAACAGCGUGUCCUUGCCUGCAGCUCCACCGGGUGGCCAUCAUGAAGACGUGCACUCGUUUACAGAGCGUGCAAGUUUAGUGAUUGGCGCUCAAGAGCCUCAUGAGAGCCCCAGAGACCCCUCCAGCCCCAUGUCCAUGCACUCGGUGACAGAUUCCCAGCUCAACAACAUUCCUCUGAGUUUGGAGGACCUCCCCAUCUCAGAAGCCUCCUGGGAUCUGGAGGACGCCACAGAGCUCGUACGCGACCUAAUCCGAGAUGUCGCCUCUCUCAAUCAGUUGUUGAUGGACGCAAGCAGCAAGAUCGGGCAACAAGGACAAAAACCUCCGCUCCACACUCAAAAAUAUAGGCAUAGUGCCAACAGAUUCUGAAUGUGUUUUACUGCAUGAUAUACAAAACAGACGAGAGAAAGAAUACUGAAUAAUUUCCACUGAUGAGUUCAGAGAGCAGGCACUGGUUCACAACAGUUCAGUUCAACUUGUUAGAAGUCCUGCCAAGAACAAAAUCACAACAUGCACAGCAAACCAAAGCUAACACUUUUUCAGGUGGUUCAAGCUAAACAGUAAACAUUGUAAUAGAGGAGCGUGACCUCUAGAUUGAAGGGUUGUAACCUUAGCAACAGGUCUUCAAAGUUCUGGUCAUAAAUGUAUGUCUGUAUUGUCCUUCAGAACUCAUUCUGCAUAAAUAAAAUGACUGUUUCAGGUUGUUGCUGUCCGUUUGAAUCUGUGCAAUCAUGGUUUGCUAAAAAAAAAAUUGAACCAACAUCAUAGUGCUAUGAUUAGUAUAUGCGUUUACAAAAAGGACACCGAACACCGUUAUAUUGUUCAUUUUUUUUGUCUCAAACCAAUUUACAUGAGCUUUUUUACGCCACGUUAACAAAACCUGAUGAACAGAAUACGGAGGCUGUUAAAUAGCGCAAAAUAUAGACAGCUUUAAAAAGAGAGAGAAAACAAAACAUCUAAAUAACAUUAAAAUCGUUUAUAUUUUCACAAAAUGUUUUCUUUUUUUAGUAAAAUUAACCUGCUAGUUUGCACGUGCUGUAGCGAGCCUGCUGGCUUGUGUGCAGGUUUGUUCAAACACCAAAAGGAAAAGAGUGG